AUGGAAAUCGGUACCAACGAGCUUACAAGGCCGUUUAGAAUACCGAGGAAGAAAGGUGGUAAAAAUGAUGACGAGAAGGGUGCUUUGAAAACUGGACCUAGCGAUUCUGUACAACGAUCUCCGUUAACGAGUGCUGUGACGCCUCGCAAAAAUGAAGCUUCUUUUUCUAAUCGCAUUGUACCUCCAACAAAGAGGAAAGCAUCUCAAGAAAUUCGUGCUGUUAACGCAAAAAAAUCUGCUGUUAAAGCACCAAGUGGCGGUGAUGUUUUUGAUAAGAUCAUCGGCAAUAUGGUAAAUCCACCGAAAGAGAAGAAGCCUGAAACUUCUAAAGAACGUGAAGACGCUCCAGGUCCUAGCGGCACGAAUACUGCCAAAAACGCUAGUGGGAACGUUCGCAGGCUAACGAAGGAAGAAUUAGAUCGACAAGUCUUUGAUAAUAGUGCUUGCUAUGCAUUUCUUCGCAAAGAAGGUUUAAUGGAGCGAUUACUAGGGCACAAGAUGUUGACGGGGAGAGUCGAUUCAUACAUUACACUGGGAUAUCUUCCGCUUGACCCCAGUGAACAGGCUUAUGGAAGGAAAGCUAAUUAUAAUUGCUCGGGUUCAUUUGACGAUUUCCCUGCGAUCUGUGAGCCGCCUCCUGUAGCCGUUGCAACGGAAGAAAGAAGAGGCCCAAGGACUCCUCCAGGAUCACCAGGCCGCCAAGAUAAUUCUUCAAUGGUUUCGUCAAGAGGGGCUGGUAGUGCUACCCAAUCAAGCCAUCCACCUCCGCCGCCUCCACCUCUUCCGCUCAAUGAGGGCUUCAAAAUGGUUUAUUCUAAGGACCAGAAAAGGAAGACAUCUCCUCUGCGAAUUGAUGCGCUAAAGACUGCUGACGGCGCUACUAAUUCACUUUCUGUUAUGAAUGAAUUGGAAAAGUGCUCGCACAAUCAGUUAGCCGAAUUCUUAAUGGGGGAAAUCAAAAAUGCUAUGAAACAGGUGGACCACAAGGUGUUGCUGAGUACUUUGAAGGACGCUUUGAUGAAGGUUGGGAAGAAAAAUGAUCAAAAUGAGAGCGAAAAACCUCCGGUAAUGGAAAAGAGGGAAGAAGUUGGUAAUGACUCAUUAAUAAAUCCUCCUGUUGAAAUGGAUAUCGAAAGUGGUCACAGCGUAGCGGCAGAAGAGUCGAUGCUGCCACCUCCACCUCCUGCUCCUCGGAGUCCUCCUUUGAUGGGCAGCAAUUUGGCAACUUCAAUCAACACGCCUGUGACGUCACUUGUCCCUCCUCCUCCAUGUAUCCUUCCGACACCACCACCACCACCACCGCUGGUUCUUCAAGCAGCUCCACCACAUCCAGUGGUUCUUCGCCCUCCCCCGCCACAAACAGUUAUGGUUCAGCCAACAGUUCCUGCUCCAAUAAUACUCCAUCCAGCUCCACCAGCCCCAGUUUUAGUUCAAACGCCAAUGCAUCCACCAAUUCAAGAGAGUGGUAACCACCUUACUCCUCAGCAACCAAAUACCAGUACACCCUCGUUGUCAACUACGCUGACGUCAUUUGUUCAACUACCACCUUUACAGCGAACGCUCGAAAAGCCUUUACAAGCAAUCUCCAGUGUCAAUACAGAUUUAAGUACAACUUCGCCACUGUUUAGCUCACCAAAUAUUGCCAUGUCUUUUACGGCUCCACCACCUAUGAUUGUGAAUACUGCAGUACCUCCACCUAACUAUACGAACAACCAAGCCACAAACCAUCUGCAGUCUUCCUGUCCUACGCCUGAAGGCUCUGCACCUUUGAGGAUACAACAGCCAAUGAAUUCCCAGAUACAAAAUCCGCUAAUGACAUCACCAGCUGCUAAUAACAUUAUCACCAAUGUGAAUUUCCCGCCCCCAAAACCUUCCGUUGUACAGAUCAUCCAUCACUCGCCUGCGAAAGGUGAUGAAACACCGUCGCAUCCACCAGUAAAUCCCUCGCAUAUUGAUUUCUCCAGACCCCCUCCGACUCCAUUGUCAGGUACUAAUCAGAGACCUUCGACAAGCGCGUCUGUUCUCAACUCUACAUCUCAGUUUCCCCACAAAAAUGGAACUCCAAAAAUACCGUCCGCUUCUGCUGAAGCGUUAGCAUGCCCGACGAUUCGUCUGUCGAAGCCGGUGGGAUCAAGUGCGGCAUCAAACGUGAAUUUUGGAAAUAAUUUAAACCUAGCCGGGCAGACUUCUGGAGAAAUAUCUUCUUUAUCUUUAUUUACCGAUAACGCGGAGCAAAAUUUACAAGGUCGGAGCAGUCAAAGGAACAUCUUUCCACAAUCUUCUGUGCAAAUAAAUCCCCAGGUAAACUCUAUUUCUACUUCUCUUACUCAGCCAAACUCGCUGAGUCAAGACGGGACUGUUGCUUCAACUCCAUCGUCAGAAACAGUCAUCAAGACGCUUUUGAAUGCACUUGCUAUUCCGCAGAAAUCGCAGCAGCAGCCUCAACAACAGCCUCAAAAUUCUUCAGUAAGAUCAGCUCUCAGCACUAUCCAUACGCCACUUGGCAGUCAUCUUAUGGCCGUACAAAACCGCUCUGCUCUAGAUCGAUUCGGAAAAACGACUCCAGUCCGAAAUCCAGAUCCGAAACCUGUAAGUGCUGUGAAUCAGAAUACCGUUGGAAAGGCUGGUUCAUUCUGUGAGGAAGCCAGUGUUUCUCAUUCAAAACCUCAAACCCCUGUCAAAAACAAAGAAGACGUUGAGAACAGCGUAAAGCCGACAAGUUCAUCAAUUCAUCAGGAAAAAGAGAGUUCAAACACUGCAAAGAAGGAGGUUUCUAAAGAUGUCAAGUUCUUCCCUCCAGUAAAGGAUGCACCACCUCACGAGGAACCGAUAACAUUUUUUGGCAGUCCUGCAUCUUCAAAAAGGCCCGAUCGACCUCCGCCAAUUCCGCCUCCAGUCCUUCGACCUGGAGCGAGUAACAUGCACGAAAGGGUUUUACCACCUGUACCGCGUGGGUUCCUUUCACAUCCAGCAUUGCGCCCGCGCUUCCCUCCAGUGGCAGUGCAGUUUAGAAUGAGAGGUCCAUACCCCUUCCCUCUUCGUAGACUUCCUCCUCCUUUUCCUCCAGGUCAUGGAUAUCGUCUGCUGAGGCCACGCUUUAAUAGGUGA